GAACAAUUGCAAAAUCUGGUACUUCGGAAUUUUUAAGUGCUAUCGAAGAUAAAAAAGCUGAUAUGAAUUUAAUUGGUCAAUUCGGUGUCGGUUUUUAUUCAGUUUUCUUGGUAGCUGAUAAAGUUGUUGUUACUACAAAACAUAAUGAUGAUGAUCAAUAUAUUUGGGAAUCUCAAGCUAUUAAUGAUUUUACUAUUGCUAAAGAUCCUAGAGGAAAUACUUUAGGGCGUGGUACUCAAAUUAAAUUACAUUUUAAGGAUGAUGCUGUCUCAUUUCUAGAGGAUAACUCCAUUCGUAAUCUUAUUUUAAAAUAUUCUGAAUUUAUUAAUUUUCCUAUUUGGUUAUGGACUAAGAGAACUGAAACUAUUACUGUUGAAGAUGAUAUGAUCGAAAAAAAGGAAUCUGAUGAACCCAAAGUUGAUUCUGAGGAACCAAAAGUUGAAGAUGCUAAAGAUGAUGAUAAAAAGUCUGAUGUGGAAACAAAAACAAUAGAAAUACCCGGCUGGGAACUUAUGAAUACUCAAAAACCUAUUUGGACGCGUGAUCCAAAAAAUGUAACUGAUAUAGAGUAUGAAAAUUUUUAUAUGUCUUUUUCAAAGGAUAAUACCCCUCCUUUAGCUUGGACUCAUUUUAAGGCCGAAGGAGAAGUUGAUUUCAAAGCUAUUGUAUAUAUUCCUUCUAAAGCUCCUGAUAAUUUAUUUCAAAAAGUCCAAGAUUUUGCACGUAACGUUAAACUUUUCGUUAAACGUGUAUUUAUCACUGAUGAAUUCUUGGAUUUCAUUCCAAAAUACCUAGCUUUUAUAAAAGCCGUAAUUGAUGCAGACGAUAUACCCCUAAAUGUGAGUAGAGAAACCUUACAACAUCAUAGAUCUCUUCAAUUGAUUAAAAAAAGAAUUGUUAAAAAAACUUUGGAGUUAAUUGCUGAUUUAAAAAAAGAUGAUGUCAAAUAUACAAAAUUCCUUAAAGAGUUUGGAACAAGUUUAAAGAUUGGAGCUAUCGAAGAUAACGAAAAUAGAAAGAAGAUCGCACAUUUACUAAAAUUCCCUAGUUCAUAUAAAGGCUCAAAUUGGACAACAAUAGAUGAUUAUAUUAGUAGAAUGAAAAAAGAUCAAGAUAAAAUGUAUUUCAUCACUGGCUCUUCUAUAGAAGAAGUUGAAAAAUCACCUUUUGCUGAAAGUCUUGUGGCAAGAGGAUAUGAAGUGUUAUAUAUGGUUGAACCUAUUGAUGAAAUGUUGGUUCAACAUAUGCCAGGACACGGUGGUAAAAUGUUCCAAAAUAUCGCAAAGGGUGAUUUCACAGAUCCUGGUGCAAGUCCUAUAUCAUUAUCUGAGUUGAAAUUCAAGUUCAUCAAAUUGACUGAAUGGAUGCAACUUGUACUUGCUGAUAUUCAAGUAACUAAUCGUCUUACCACUUCUCCUUGUGUUGUCAUCGCAAAUGAAUGGGAAAAUGAAUUCCUAAAAGAUUUCUAUGCAAAACAAAAGAAAACUUUAGAAAUUAAUCCAUAUCACCCACUUAUUAUUGGAUUAUUGGAUAUAGUUGAAAAAGGCAAAGCUGAUGAAAAUACAAAAGAAAUGGUCCAAGUUUUAUAUGAAUCUACUUUAAUUAGAUCUGGAUUUGAGUUGAAAGAUAAUAUAAAAUACGUGACAAUGAUUGAAAAAAUUUUAAGAAGGAAUUUGGGUAUAGAUCCUGAUGCAAAACCUGAAAUUAAUAUUGUACCGGCUGAAGAUGCCGAUCCCACAGCAAAAAGUAACCCUGAACUAAAGGAUGAAGAAGAUUUAUUUAAUGAGUUGGAGCGUGACGAAUCCCCUGUCAAACCUUCAAAUGAUGAUGCAGAUGACUCUACAGAUCCAACUAAGCCUAUUAUCGGUCAUGAUGAGCUUUAA